AUGAAGCCCGUCACACACGUCCUCCCCCUCGCGAUGGGGGCAGCAGCCUCCCCCGUCCUCUCCCGGCAGUCCGCGCCCAACGCCUCGUCGUGCGCGGCCACGACGGAGUGGACCGGCUUCUCGGGCCUCAAGCACGCCUUCGUUUUCGGCAACUCGUACACCACCACCUCCUUCAACUUCACCCAGGAGCCCUACCCGCAGCCGGGCAACCCACUGGGCAACCCAUCCUACCCCGGGUGGACCUCCUCCAAUGGGCCCAACUGGAUCGACUACCUGACCGUCAAGUACAACCAGUCGCUGCUGCUGACGUACAACCUGGCCUACGGCGGCGCGACCGUCGACUCGGACCUCGUCAAGCCCUACGAGGACACCGUGCUCUCCGUCAAGCAGCAGGUGCAGGACGAGUUCGUCCCGGGCUACACGGGCUCGUCGCCGAGCGCCCCCGGCGCGCCCGCCUGGGCCGGCGACGACACGCUGUUCGCCGUGUGGAUUGGCAUCAACGACGUCGGCAACUCGUACUGGGAGGGCGACGACGCCCUGGCCACGCUGUACGGGCAGAUCUUUGACGUCUACUCCGGGCUCGUCGACACGAUGUACGAGGCCGGCGGGCGCAACUUCCUCUUCCUCAACGUCCCGCCUGUCGACCGCUCGCCGCUCGUCACCGAGUCGGGCGAGACCGCGGCGGCGCAGGAGAAGGCCGCCAUCGCGACGUGGAAUGGGAAGGUGGUUGACCUGGCUUCUGCGCUGAAGGGGAACCACUCCGAGGUGAAUGUGUGGACUUUCGAUGCCAACGCGGUGUUUGAGGAGGUCCUUGAUGACCCUUCCAGCUUCCCGCAGACGAGUGGGUAUACGAAUACUACUGGGUAUUGUGAGGCUUAUGAGAACGGAACCUCUGAGCCGGACAGCUUCGUCGAGAGCUGCGGGGUGCCGGUCAACCAGUACUUCUGGCUGAACACGCUGCACCCGACAUACCCCGUGCACGACGUCGUGGCUGAGCAGGUUGCUAAGGCGUUGGAGGCUGGGCCGAAUGUUUGCUCUCAAGCCCGGCGCAGAUAG